AUGCUGACGACGCUUGCGAAUAAUCCUCACAUCAAGGUCUUCGACAACCCUUCGUCACCCGCGUCUUACAUCCUCACCUACCUCGAUACGAAGCCGCCCUCGCAAAGACUAGCCGUUGGUACAUGCACGAAAAUCCCGCCAAGUCCCCAAUCCUUCCGCGAGAACCCGCGUUUCCUGGACAUUCUUAACGAGGUCAUCACCGAGUACGGACACGAGGACGAAGACGUCGUCAGCCAGGCCCGAGCCUUGGCCAGCCCCGGCGGCUUCUCCUUGGGCUCCGGGGGCUCCUUCUUCCCGCAACAGCGCCUAGACAGACGUGCAUCUCGCAAGCAGGGCGGCGGCGGCGGGGGCUGGGUGCAUCUGAGCGACCGCCGAAACCCUCCGGACUUUGGCAGAAUAGCCUGGCCCGAGGACAUCCUGGGCAGCGUCGAGGUAGAUCAUGGGGGACAGGUGGUGGGAAGAGUGCAGGGCAGUGGAACAUACAGACUCGUGACCAACGAGGGAAUCCUUGGCUUGAGCCCGUUUCUGAGGGAGAAGCUGGUGGACAGGCUCAGGAAAGAAGAGGCCAAGGAACGGGCGUCGUGA